AUGGUAACCAGAAUAUCUGGCAUCAGAGCUGUUGGAGCUAAGGAAGACUUUGAAACAAGCAAUGAAGGAGCCCCUUGUAACCUGGCUUUCAAGGCUGUGGGACAUGGAGGCACACAUGACCAGUUAGGUGCUGCAGAGGCAGAGAAGCUGAGCAGUGAUGAUCCUGCACCGUUCCAUAGCUCUCUGUGCUGCUGGUUGUCUGUGCUCUACCGCAUCCCCAGGACUUGUUCCUUCUCAGCUGCUGCCCGACCUCAGCCGCCUCUGACCGUGGACCUGGAACACUGCUUUGCUGAGACGAAUCCAGAAAGGGAAACAGACUUUGCACCCAGUUUAUCUCAGUUACUUGACCCCACUGUCAUAAAGUGUUCAAAUUCAAGCAUUAUAAAGGAUCAUAACAGGGAAAUAAUUCAGGGCUCCUGGGCAGAGGAAGAGUUAGCUGAGGAGGUCAGCUGCUCAGAGCUCAGCAGGAGAGCCAACGUGCAUUCAUUAAGGAUGGUGUGGAAGAUCAUCUGGCCACUGCAAGCAUGCAAACUUCUCCUGGUGAUUUUAUCUUUGCCACAAGGGAGGACAAGUUCUGUUUUAACUGUGAAUGGUAAAACUGAGAACUAUGUCCUGGACACCACAUCUGGUGGCCAAGCAUCUCUAGAAUGUGCUGUUCAAAACCACACCAGAGAUGAAGAACUCCUCUGGUACCGAGAAGAUGGAAGAGUAGAUUUGAAGACUGGAAACAAAAUCAACAGCAGCUCUGUCUGUGUCUCUUCCAUCAGCGAAAACGACGAUGGAGUCCGCUUUACCUGCAAGCUGCAGAGCGAUCAGCAGGUGUCCGUCUCCGUGGUGCUCAAUGUUACUUACCCUCCUCUUCUAAAUGGAGAUGCCUUCCAAACCAUAGGGGAAGACAAGGAUGUAAGGUUGGUUUGCAACGUGAAAUCCAACCCCCCAGCGCAAAUGGCAUGGCAUAUAAACAACAGCGUCCUGAUUUUAGAGAAAGGCCGUCACCAAAUCCAAGAGACAAGGGAAUCCUUUCAGUUGUCCAUCACCAAAGUCAAGAAAUCUGACAACGGAAUCUACAGCUGUGUUGCUAGCUCAUCCCUGAAAACCGAGACCAUGGACUUCCACCUGGUUGUUACAGACAAGGUUCCAGAUUUACCGAUAGAAGCCAUCAUUGCCGCUUGUGUGGUGGUCGUCCUGACACUGGGUUUUGGACUGCUUGCUAGGAGAAAAAGAAUAAUGAAGCUCUGCAUGAAGAAGAAAGACCGGAAUACAGACACAGCUCUGUAA